UGAAUUCGCUUAUCCUCUUGUCGCUUUUGGUCACAGCUGUGGCGGGGAAGAUGGCUCGGCUCAAAUUCGUGGUGCACGAGCCCCCCAGGUUCCACUUCAGCAAAGCGGAGAACUACAUCAGCAUGUAUCACCAGGAGGGCACCGACACGCUCUAUGUGGGAGGCCGGGCCAACAUCUAUGUGUUGAACUUCACUGACCAUGGCGUCACCGAUUUGCAGAUCCCAGCGGCUUCUGAUGAGACCGCCAAGAAUACCUGCAGGGCCAAGGCUGCACCACUCGAGAUGGAGUGUGAUAACUUCAUCACGGUCAUGCAGAAAGUGAACGACACAUUCAUCGUGUGUGGGACCAACGCGGGGAGCCCCAGGUGCUGGAUGCUGGUGAAUGACACAGUGCUGACUGAUGUCCAGGGUCACAUCUCCUCAGCCUCAGACAUCUCCCCGGCCUACCCCUCGCAGAAGUCCAUCAGCCUGGCCACAGAUGGCAGCCUGUAUUCGGCCCUCUCUUCAGUGGGGGGUCACGCUGGAUCCAUACGCCGCACAUUUGGCCCGCAGAAGCUCCUGAAGACUGAGAACAUUUGGCUGAUGAAUCCGCAGUUUGCUGGAGCGGCCAUGAUCCCCACCUCCCUCCGAGACAAAGAGGAAAUCUACUUCUUCUUCAGCGAGUUCAACAAGACGGCGCGGGUGGACGAGGAGCCGUACAGAGCCCGCAUAGGCAGAGUCUGCAUGGUGGAUGAAGGAGGCAUCAAAGCUCUUCUUGCGGACUCAUGGACCACGUUCCUCAAGGCUCGGGUCAUGUGCGGAGCAGGGAACACCCAGCAGCAGUACAACAACCUCAGACAGGCCGUGGUCCUCACCGCCCAGGACAAGAGAGCGGGGGUGCUCUACGGCCUCUUCUCCAACGCAUGGGGGAAGACUGUGAUUUGUGCCUACUCUAUUGAAGACAUAGACCGGGCCUUCUCUACAUCCAAGCUCAAGGGCUACAGCAGUCCAUUAACCGGAAUGCGCCCCGGCAUGUGUGUACGUAAGGACCCCAGCUCCACAGGAGGACACAAUGACAUCAAGAACCUGGGCGUGAUCCGAUACCACCCGGAGAUCGAAGAUGUGAUCCGGCCCGUGGGGAUCGCCCCCCUGGACCUGCCCACCGACGACCAGAUCACACACGCUGUCGCAGACAUCGUCCUGGCUGUCAACGAUGAGCACUACAGCGUCCUAUACCUCGGAACAGAACAAGGCAAAAUCCUGAAGGUUCUCCACACCAGCGACGGAGCUUUCAUCAUCUCUCAGUACUCCCUGUUCCACAACGAGAGUCCUGUGCUCAGCAUGGUCAUCGACUCCCCAAAGGGCCACCUGUACGUGGGCACAGCCAUGGAGGUGCAGAGGCUGACACUGGCAGACUGCGGUCGCUAUGGAGACACGUGUCGGGAGUGCAUUCUGUCCCGGGACCCCUAUUGUGGCUGGGAUAGGCUCCAGAGGAAGUGCAUCCCCAUCCCGCCUGGGUACAACGUCACCACCGGGAGCCUGAUUCAGAACCUGGACCAUUCCAACUCCUCGGUGUGUGGAGAGGCUGCCGCCCUGAAGCUGCGUAAAACCUCCCCCAAGGAGGUGCUUGUUCCCAGAAACACCACGGUGUUCCUGCCAUGCCCGGUGCGCUCCUUCCACGCCACGUACCGCUGGGAGAGGGACAACUGCGUGCUCAACUACCCCUGCCUGUUCUCUGGGGACUUCUGUGUGCUGGGCCCGGCCGUAGACACCCCGCUGAAGGAGGGGGUAUUCCGUUGCAUGGCCUCUGAGGACGGCUUCAAAGUGGAGGUCAUCUCCUUCAGGCUGGUCAACCAGGGCCCUCUGCUGGCCGCCUCUGUGCUCUGCUCCCUGGGCCUGUCACUGCUGCUGGCUGCGGCCACUCUAUGGCUCCAUUAACUGCAGCAAGUGUUAACGCUAACCCUCUCCUGAGGCUCCCACUGAAGAGCAACCAGGGAGCCACUGUACGGAUAGGUUUACACAGCAUUUAAUACAUGGUC